CUUUAGUUCAACAAAAUCAGCUGUGUGUGUCUGAUGUCAGAUACGUCUUUUAGUGUUUUAUUAUUUUUCCUAUCAAAAAAAUCUAGUUAACCAAUUAUUUUUGUUUAUUUAUAAAACAAACAAAAAAACUAAAACAAAAUGAUAAAUAGUCCAUCCGAAGAAAUUUUAGACUGGUCUACAGAAGCACAAGCAAUAAUAGAUGAUGUUAAAAAUCAUGUCAACUACAUAGCUGUAUCGAAAAUUCUAAAAAGUAGUAAAACAGAAAUAUUUCUUAAUCUUAGGACAAUAGAAAAAACUGAAUUUUGUAUACGUGCAUCGGGCAAUGGAUUUCAAAUUGUUGCUGAAGAAUUUGAUAAAAAUUCUUAUAAGAAACCAACAAGAGACGAUGAAGAGGAAGAAAUCUUUGAGACACCUUAUGCAUUGUUAAAUAAAAUUAGUCCAAGUUAUACAAAAUCAUUUGCCAAUCAAUUGAGGAAGCAAUUAGAAGCUUUACAAAAAGAAAUGGGUGAAUAAUAAUAAAAUUUGUAACAAAUUUAA